UUGCACGAUGUGGGGCUUCAGGCUGCUCCUCUUCUGGGGGUGCACUGGUAUGCACAGAUGGGGAAUGACCAUGCUACCCACACUGGGACAAAAGGGUGUGAAUGAGUGUGAGGAUACCACCACGUGUCCAGCUUAUGCCACCUGUAAUGACACUGUGGACAGUUACUACUGCACUUGCAAAAGAGGGUUCCUGUCUAGCAAUGGACAGAAACACUUCCGGGGCCCAGGAGUGGAAUGCAAGGAUGUCAAUGAAUGUGUUGAAAGUACACCUUGUGGUCCUAACUCAAUCUGCAUAAAUAUCCCGGGGCGAGCCAAGUGCAGCUGUCUUAGUGGCUUCUCUUCUCCCACUGGAAACAACUGGAUCCUGGGAAGUUCAGGUCAAUUUCUCUGUACAGACAUUGAUGAGUGCCUCACCAGUAGGGUCUGCCCUGAGCAUUCCCACUGUUCGAACUAUGUGGGGAGCUACAGCUGCAGCUGUCGACCUGGAUUCGUGUCUAGCGGCUCCACCUGUGAAGAUGAGGAUGAAUGUGAGAAUCCCAAUGCCUGCCCAGAGUACGCAACCUGCCACAACACUGUUGGAAGCUAUUAUUGUAUGUGCAACUCAGGACUUGAAUCUAGUGGUGGAGGCACAAUGUUCCAAGGCCUGGAACAAUCUUGUGAAGAUGUGGACGAGUGUGCCAAGAACUCAAGCCUUUGUUCUCCCACUUUCAUUUGCGUCAACACCCUGGGCUCCUACAACUGCUCGUGCCUGUCUGGAUUCGCUUUGUCAGUUUCUCAGAUCCACGGUCAUCCAAUUGAGGAGAAAUGUAUAGAUAUCGAUGAGUGUGACGACAUCUGUCCUUUCAACUCAACGUGCACCAACAUUCCCGGGAGCUACUUCUGUACCUGCCACUCUGGCUUUGCACCAAGCAAUGGGGAAGUGGAUUUCACAGACCCAGAAGUGUCCUGUGGAGAUAUUGAUGAAUGCUCCCAAGAUCCAUCACCAUGUGGACGAAACUCUGUCUGCACCAAUGUCCCGGGUUCCUACAUCUGUGGCUGCCCUGCAGGCUUCCGACCUAAUCCAGAGGGCUCUCAGACAUAUGUCAAUUUCAGCUGCAAAAGGGUUCCCUUCAAGUGUAAGGAAGACAUGAUCCCCAACAAUGAGCAGCUUCGGCAGUGCCAAGCACAGGCGGGCAGGGACCCUGGACAUGUCUCCUUUUGUGCACUGGUAAACAGCACCUUCAGCAUUUUGGAUAACACCUGUGAAAACAAAACCAGACCAGUGUCCCUGCAGAGUACAGCUAAGAGAUUUUCGCUUGUGCUUAACAACACACCCACAUGGACCAAGCUCACUCAGGAGGAGACAUCCACCCUGGGCACUGUCUUACUGGAGUCUGUGGAAAGCACGACAUUAGCUGCUCUUCUGAAGCCCUCUGGGAAUGCCAGUCAGACUAUUCAGACAGAGUACCUAGAUAUCGAGAGCAAAGUUAUCAAUGCAGAAUGUAACAGGGAGAAUGCAUCCUUUAACUUGAAAGCCAAAGGAGAUGAGAUGAAGGUUGGGUGUUCUGUCAUCGAGGAAUCUGAAUCUGCAGGGACCAUUGGAGUGGCUUUUGUCUCUUUUGCACACAUGGAAUUGGUUUUGGAUGAACGCUUUUUUGAAGACAAUGAGACCUCCUGGACCAAGUCCAAGAGGAAGCUGAAGAUGAAUUCCCGUGUUGUUGGGGGCAUCAUGACAGGGGAGAAGAAAGAGGACUUCUCUAGUCCAGUUAUCUACACCCUGGAACACAUCCAGCCAAUGCAGAAGUCUGAGAGGCCCAUCUGUGUUUCCUGGAACACCAGUGUGGGGGAUGGGAGAUGGACCACUUUGGGCUGCAAGAUCCUAGAAGCUUCCGAGAUGCACACAGUCUGCAGCUGUAACCGACUGGCGAACUUGGCCAUCAUCAUGGCUUCUGGGGAGCUCACAAUGGAGUUCUCCUUGUACGCCAUCAGCCAUGUGGGUAUCAUCAUCUCCCUGGUGUGCCUUGCCUUGGCCAUUGCCACCUUCCUGCUGUGUCGUGCCAUUCAGAACCACAACACAUACCUGCACCUGCACCUCUGUGUGUGUCUCUUCUUGGCCAAGAUUCUCUUCCUCACUGGUAUAGAUAAAACUGACAACCAGACAGCCUGUGCCAUCAUCGCUGGAUUUUUGCACUACCUUUUCCUUGCUUGCUUUUUCUGGAUGCUGGUGGAGGCGGUGAUGCUGUUCCUGAUGGUGAGGAACCUGAAGGUGGUGAAUUAUUUCAGUUCUCGCAGAGUCAAGAUGGUGCACCUCUGUGCCUUUGGCUACGGGCUACCGGGACUGGUGGUUAUCAUCUCCACCAGCUCACAGCCUCAUAGCUAUGGGAUGCAUAAUCGCUGCUGGCUAAAUACAGAGACUGGGUUCAUCUGGAGUUUCCUGGGACCAGUCUGCACCAUCAUUGUGAUCAACUUUGUGCUCCUAACCUGGACCCUGUGGAUCCUGAGGCAGAAGCUCUGCAGUGUCAAUUCAGAAGUCUCCAAACUCAAAGACACCAGGUUGCUGACCUUCAAGGCCAUAGCCCAGAUCUUCGUGUUGGGUUGCUCCUGGGUGCUGGGCAUUUUCCAGAUUGGCCCCCUGGCGAGCAUCAUGGCAUACCUGUUCACUAUAAUCAACAGCCUGCAGGGGGCGUUCAUUUUCCUCAUUCACUGUCUGCUCAACCGCCAGGUACGAGAAGAAUACAGGAAAUUCAUCAUCAGGAAGACUGAGCCCAGCUCCCAUUCACAGACUUCAGGAAUCUUACUGUCAUCCAUGCCUUCUACUUCCAAGACGGGUUAACAUCCUUUUUUACUUUCAAACAUGAUGUGAAAUAGAAUGUGAGGAUUUCAAGCGCCUGCAGGAGUCCACUUUGAAAUCUCUUUGUGGCUUAUUAUGGAAAUUCAGGGUUUCCCUGGUUUAGGCUUAGAAAUGUCCUUGUUAAUUCAAAUAUGCAUGGCGGAGUCAAACUCCCAGAGUUUCAUGCGCUGAUGAGAAAAAUUUGCUACUCCAGAUUAGUGUUAUCUUCCGUAGCCUGCAACUGUGAAUCUCCAGAAGAUUGGCAGGUAACAACGGCGAGCCUGGGAGUGCGUCACUGUGUUUUCUCCUGCGGUCACGGCGCAUGGCUCCAAGCACACCCUCUAUCACCAAUUGGGUACUGGACACAGAGUAGCUUUUAAUAAAAGAUUUGUUGUCUGUCUGAGUGAUUUACCCUAAGAGAAAAACUCUUCAUGUUUCUUUUAAUCAUUUAUUUAAUUUCAUACACGUAUACACUGAUCAUAUCCUCCCCAACUUCCCCCUCUCCCCCUGAACAACGCCAACAUGUUCCCCUCCCACCUUCACAUUUUCUGUCUCUCUCUGUCUUUCUCUCUGUCUCUCUCUCAUAGCUCAGGGAGUUGAAGUAGCAUAUUAACUGAUCUUCUUGGCUUGACAUUGUGCGGGUAACCAUAGCUACAGUGAGUUCAUGAGUGCAACGGCUGCAAAGCGUCCAGAAGUCAGCAUUUCACAGCUCUCCU